CACUGGAUCAAACCAUGUUGUGCCGUAUUUAAAAGUUGAAGUCAAUUUCCACUACAGCUAUCUACACGCGCUCUUCCAAGUUCAGUUUACUAAAAAGCUUGUUGAGUAAAUUAGCUCGGUAACCUGGCUUCAGCGACCACCAGGCCAUACUUCGAGGAAAGAUGUCUACCAUCCGAUUUGGAUCAACUUGUAGUCCUUCGAAGACUACUCUAGCUGAGACAUUGCCACGCUGGAACGAUGAGGAAGGGGAGAAGGCUGAUCCAGAAGAUGCCUGUGAUCCAAAUAAACUACUUCAGUGUCCAUACGACAAGAACCAUCAGAUCCGUGCCUGCCGCUUUCCAUACCAUCUAAUCAAGUGCAGCAAAAACCACCCUAAACUGGCCAGUGAAUUAAAAACGUGCCCUUUCAACGCCCGCCACCUGAUGCCCAAGCAUGAGCUUUCACACCACAUUGCUAACUGUGUUGACAGAAUAUCUGUGAAUGCAGAAGACUUGGGCAGCGCUGAGGUGCAGAGCAAAUGGCAAGUACCUGUUAGCACCUGGACGAACACCAACUGUGAUGAGGACUGGGAUAAAGAAGCUGAUAUUUCUUCGGUGCCUUUCGUAUGGGGAGUGUCUACAAACCUGAUCAGUCAGAACAGGACUGAGCCAUGCACUACAAAUAAUCUUACUCCUGGACUCCGAGCUCCAAGAACUCUGCCCUGGAAAAUGUGACUGACAAAGGGCAGAAUGAAUGACAAAAGUUGGAAGUCAAGAGGUUAUCUUGCAGUUAAGUUUUAUAUCAUAGAUGCAUGUUUUAUCUCACUUUGACUUGAUUAUGGACACAUUUGAGAAAUCCCAUUGACUAUUUUGUUUGACUAUAAAUGCAUGCUUUGUAACCUAACCUUAGACAUGGUGAUUGGGGUUUGUGUCCCCUUUUUUGUUAUUAAAAGGCUUUUUUGCAGAA